AUGAAUGUUAGCACUGCUCCACAGAGCAGCUUUCCUGCAUCUGUUCCGGACGGAAGUUCUCCACACGAUGACAACAAGCCUACAAUAGAGAGCAGCUUUCCUGCAUCUGUUCCGGACGGAAGUUCUCCACACGAUGACAACAAGCCUACAAUAGAGAGCAGCUUUCCUGCAUCUGUUCUGGACGGAAGUUCUCCACACGAUGACAACGAGCCUACAAUAGAGAGCAGCUUUCCUGCAUCUGUUCCGGACGGAAGUUCUCCACACGAUGACAACAAGCCUGCAAUAGAGAGCAGCUUUCCUGCAUCUGUUCCGGACGGAAGUUCUCCACACGAUGACAACAAGCCUACAAUAGAGAGCAGCUUUCCUGCAUCUGUCCCGGACGGAAGUUCUCCACACGAUGACAACAAGCCUACAAUAGAGAGCAACUUUCCUGCAUUUGUUCCGGACGGAAGUUCUCCACACGAUGACAACAAGCCUACAAUAGAGAGCAGCUUUCCUGCAUCUGUCCCGGACGGAAGUUCUCCACACGAUGACAACAAGCCUAUAAUAGAGGUAGAGGGCAGCUCUCCUGCAUCUAUUCCGGACGGAAGUUUUUUGCGCGAUGACAAUAAGCCUACAACAAAGGAAAGGCCUUCAUUUGGUGACUUCGAUUCGGGAGAUAAUGUACCCAAGAAGAGAAUACCAAAGAAACAACUAAGGAAUAUGCUUCAAUUUGGUUUGCGUGAAAUAUUAGACUUAUUGUCAAGUUUUAUUCAGGAUACCAUUUCUGGAAUUAUUGAUCGGUUUCAAAAUUAUUGA